AUGGCCGCCGAACCUUCUCUUCUCACCCGUUGGCGGCAAGUUUUGUGCAACGUUUUCGGCAAGAAGUCGGCUAAAUACGCGGCAGAUUUGAUGUGUGACGUUUUAUCCGUGGACAGAGGUUUAAAACCUGCGUUCCUGGUUGAUUAUGGCGGCUUGGGUUGCUCGAAAAUGACAGUUUUUACCGAGGAGUUGCUACGUUCGGAACUGGUACAGCACAGACUUGCCGUUCUGACGGUGGGUUCUGACGUGUUGGUGCUCAAUGCAGACGCCAGCGUGACGCAUUUACAGUCCGUGCAGUCUGACUGGGACAGAUUCGUGGUGGACGUGACCCUCGGGCUACCAGAACCAAAACCAGCGACGGGAUUCUGCACCCAGACUGUGCGGGACUGUGCACGGGAUGUGGCGAAGUGCAUUGCCACCAUGCGGAAAAUGUCGGUACUGCAGAGCGAUAUUGCACUCCAAGAAAAUUGGAAUAUUUCCACUCUGUUCGGACUCCUUGUGGGGUACCCCGUCCUGUAUUGGUAUGACCCCACACAGCAUGACACGUGCCUGUCUAUGGUACCAUUGCUAGUUUAUAACGUUUAUGCGUGUUUGGACUUGAAUACAGCACCGCCUUUGGGUGAGAAAUCCGUAAGCAACUGUCCAGAACAAAGAAAUCAUCACAAGCACAAACUGUACUCAUUCAGUGUUCCUAAGAAUGUAAAGCAAGACUUCAGCAAACAGAUUGACCGCUGGUUUGAGAGGGUGCAGGAACUCUUCGCCCUCCAGGACUUGUUCUGUUGUUUGGAGAUGACAUGUAGUGAGAUGACACUCCCAACUGUAGCAUUGUGAGCCAUGGUGCGGAGGUCCUGGGUUCGAAUCCUACAAUGUCACCAAUGUUGUGCCCUU